AUGCUUUCCCAUCGCGCUCAGAAAAGCUUGAACUGGCUGGCUGAAGAGAUUCCCUCUGUCCCAGUAUGGCCAGAGGGCGUGCUUGCCAUGAACUCAGCAGAGAACUGGCUGUGCCGUCCAGAUAUUAUUCCGCUCAUGAAGAAGGCCAUAGCGGACAACCUUGAAGCCUCGCAUCUCUCCUACUCGAAGAACCUCGGUGGGCCACCGGAUCUUCUCGAAAAUACAGCCUCUUUCUUCAAUAGGUUCUUCAGUCCGCGAAGUCCUGUCCUGCCCAGCCAUAUCGUCUGUGGUGCUGGCGCUGGGUCCAUCCUCGACUGUCUUGACUUUUCGCUCAGUGAGCUUGAUGAAGGCAUGCUGAUUAACGCGCCAUGUUGGGAGGGCUUUGGGAUAGCAAGUAAUCUGCGAAACGAUGAUCGGUUGAUACCAGUCACGAUACCAGUUGGGCUUUCGUCCCCGGAGCAGCUCAUCAAGCUUUAUCGCAAGGCUAUGGAAGCUGCGACAUGUCGCAUACGCGGUAUCAUUGUUUGCAACCCCAUGAACCCUUCUGGGCACAUCUAUCCUACCCAUUGGUUGGAAGCGAUCCUUCAGUUCUGUGAAGAGCAGGAUAUUCAAUACAUCGCGGAUGAGAUUUACGGCAUGUCGGCGUGGGAGCUACAACAACCAAAGACCCUAAAAACAUUUUCUGAAAAAGGUCCAAUUGUUUUUGAGUCCCCAGAGACAAAGUUUACUUCCGUCUUAUCUCUGGAUAUGGAGCGACUUAAAGUAAAUCCUGCUCGCAUACAUGUUGUCUACGCAUUGAGCAAAGACCUGGGGAGCAGUGGUCUCCGACUGGGCUUCCUCGUGACACAGAAGAACCCCGAGCUUCGCAAUGCAAUGGCCAUUCUGAACAGGUACCGAGUCUCCAAUGCCACAUCUGUGAUUGCCUCCAGUCUUUUCUCGGACCUUUUAGUCCUAGAGCACAUCCUCGUUCGCAAUAGAAUGCUUCUCCGCAAUGCCGCAGAGCUCGUUGGGGAUUUCUUAUCCUUCCACCGCUUUACCUUCUAUCGCCCAGUAGCAGGAGUCUUUAUAUGGACUCGUCUUGGUGGGGAGACAGCAACAGAGGUUUCGGAUGCAGAGCUUAUGGAGAGUUUUGCAUCUGCGAAAGUUUCUGUUGCUAGCGGUGUGCCAUUCCAUGCUAGAGAUAGAGGAUGGUUCCGAAUCACGUUUGCACUUCCUCGUGAGCAAUUGCUCGAGGGACUGCAGCGCAUAGAGAGGGCGAUGACUUUGGAGCGUACAUGGAGGCCUUCGAAUGAUACGGAAGUCGCGGGGUUUGUAUCUGUCCAGAGGCAGAACCUGAUGAAGCCCAAGGGCGCUGGAUGUCUGGUCAUGUAG